UGAGCGGGAUGUGCCCCGGGCUGGCCGCGAGGGGGGCCAAGGCAUCGCGUACGCUUCUCCACGCAGACGAAGCCCCGCUGGUCUCCGCCUCGGAGCGAGCAGGAAACCCCGCCCCCCCUUUCCUCAGUCCGCCCGCCCGCCAGCCCGCGUGUGGCGCAUGCGCGCUCGGGAGCAGGUCGGCGGCCUGGGCGGAGGAAGUGAGGUUGUGCCGGGGCGCGCGGGCCGGAGCCGGGGGAGCUUUGGAACAGCCCGUAAAGAGGGGAGCCCCCGCCGCGCCGCGCCGCCCCACAGGUGAGAGGGAAGCCAAAACCAUGGAGGCCCCACCGGUUACCAUGAUGCCUGUCACUGGCGGCACCAUUAACAUGAUGGAGUAUUUACUCCAAGGAAGUGUUUUGGAUCAAAGCCUGGAGAGCCUCCUUCACCGGUUGCGUGGUCUGUGUGACAACAUGGAACCUGAGACUUUCUUGGACCAUGAGAUGGUGUUCCUCCUGAAAGGGCAGCAGGCCAGUCCCUUUGUCCUGAGGGCACGGCGCUCGAUGGACAAAACUGGCACACCCUGGCACUUACGCUAUUUGGGACAGCCAGAAAUGGGAGACAAAAACCGCCAUGCUCUGGUGCGCAACUGUGUUGACAUCGCCACCUCAGAGAACCUUACUGACUUUCUGGUGGAGAUGGGCUUCCGCAUGGAUCACGAGUUUGUCGCCAAGGGCCAUGUGUUCCGCAAGGGUAUCAUGAAGAUUGUAGUGUACAAGAUUUUCCGCAUCCUGGUUCCAGGAAACACUGAUAGCAUUGAGCCCUUGUCUCUCUCCUACCUCGUGGAGCUGAGUGUAGUAGCUCCAGCAGGACAAGACGUAGUUUCUGAUGACAUGCGAAACUUUGCUGAGCAGCUAAAGCCCUUAGUUCACCUGGAGAAAAUUGACCCUAAAAGGCUCAUGUGAGUGAAAAGGACCCAACAAGUAUGUCUAGUUCCUCUCUCUCCUAAUGGUCCUGGUGACCAGCAUGUAGAGACUCUUCUUCCAAAAUGACUCUUGCAAGAACCGAGGAGAUUAAAGGUUUUUGGUUUUGUUGAGGGGUAGUGGAGAGGUUGUCUCUGGUGUAUUUUGUCACUGCAGUAAUUGACAGUUGGAUCACUUUUCCCCCCACUUAAUGUUUCCCUUUAUAUAGAUCUACCAUCAGUUUGACAUUUUUUGAAAUUUACUAAUUUGGAAUUUUCUUAUUAAGAAUCCCUUUCAACAGCAUGGAUAGAAACAUUUCUUAAUUUCCUCUAUUACUUCAUAUUAGUGUUUCUGCUUCCGUAUUAAUAAGGGUCUUACUCGCCAGAAAGUGAGAUCCAAAGUAUCAAACAUGCUUAGGUUCAGUACUCUUUCUCAGUGCACAUCUCUAGCUGCUGCCUCUUCAUUUGCAGCAUAGCUGCUUCUAUUCUAAUAGCCUCAUCGUGCAAAGACUGGAAAAGAGCACGUACAUGAGCUUCAUCCCUCAAGUAAUGGAGGAGUGAUAUCCUAAUGUUACUGCAUGAGACAGGAAAUACAACUAUCAGAAUCAACAAUACAAUGGAACUGACUGCACACUGUUGUCAAAGAGGAGCACAUCUUUUCCUACACUAAUUUUUUCAAUUAGCGACCUUAGGUGUUACUUGUAACACUAGCAGAUACAAAACUAAGGUGGAAAUGAGUUUAAGGUAAAGGUGUACCCCUUUAAAAAGUAUAGAUUUUAAAAGCCAAUUUGCUUAGCUAUGUCAUGACUUGAGGUUUUCAAAACUGAGAACUCUCAAAACAUAACUUAUUUUUAAUUCUGUUUGUUGUACGUACUUUGCUGUGCUUGGCCUAUGAAAAUAACAUGGUCAGUUUCUCAGGCUGUAGUAGCAGCAGCUUGUAGAUAAUAUUUAAAACAAUGUUUUCAGGGGAAUUUUAAUAAUUCUGUACAUCUAAGGUUUUGCAAAAAGUCAGUUUUAGGAAAACCAAAAUUUUUGGCGCCAGGUUUACCUCACCCUAUUGCCAGUUGCAGAUUUUUUUUGAAGUCAUACACUUUGGUGCCUGACCCCUCUGACUGUGUUAAAUGAGUGAAACAAGGGGUUUGUGUACUCUUUACUAUUAGAGCAAUUGCUGCCUUCAGUUUUCUGCUGUAGUAAAAUUGGAGGCAUUAAAAGACUUAUGACUAGUAGGUGCCCAACACUGUUAAUUUACUAUUUGGUGGUUUUGUUAAUAGCCGUUCUGAGCUGUUUAAUUAAACAAUUCCUUAUCCCGUGCCUCUGAGGGCUGUAGUCAAACUAUACAUAUUUGUACUGACAGUUAUUGUAAUUCCAGAAAGGUCUUUUAACCACCCUCUCCCAGGGCUAAUAUUUAUGGUAAAGUACAGUAAAUAACUUACAAUUGUCCUUCAUUUAAAAAAAUUGUCAUUAAUGCCAGUAAACAUAAUAGGUUGUGUGUAAAUGUUUCCUAACAUGCUCUACGAACAUGCACAGAGCAAUCAUUUCACUAUUAACAUGCAAUCACCCUUGCCACAGAACUCUGUUGUAGGGGAAUGGCAUACAGCAAUACAGUUAAGGAUAGGCCCUGAUGAAGAAUACCACAUUUAGAUGAAACUGCAGAAGGAACUUCUAGCUGGACAGCAGAAUUAUACAUAAUAGAAUUUGGCCAGAAUAAACUAUUCUUGUUGACUGCCAAGUGUUCCGAGGUGAGUGGAACAUCCCAUCUGCCACACAGAUGAAGUUGAGAAACCAACUGGGAGUUGAAAAACAGAAAUUGUUUUCCUCUUCCAAUUUAUGAAUAAAAAGGUGUGAGGAUGAGUUCUACCAUCAUGAAGGACAUAGGUAUCUAAAUACCUUUGACAGUUUGGGUCAUACUGACCAAAAACAGUCAAUUCAAUUCACUAACUAAAGCUAAUACUUCAUUUAAAUCAGUUAAUUUUAAACAAGAAAAAAAUUGUUUAAGAGCAUAAGGUAGCUUUGUUUAUCUAAAACAAUUUUAGAAUGCUGUUUUAAACGUUUGUGCAUUUAAUUGAAUCAAACUUCCAACCAAAUGCCACUUAACACAAAUGAGUAAAAAAAUUAAAGUGUCACUUGUCAUUUUCUAACAAAAAUAAAUUAAGAACCUAAAUAAAUGGACAUGUAUAUAAUUGGUUAAGUA